AUGACCGCUACACUACAGAACCGUGGCAACAUAUAUCCGCACUUCGGGUUUCACGGCUUGUGUGACGGCGCCUGCCGUCGGAGUGCACGUGGCAGCAGCACCGGUAGUGCACGUGCCACCGUGCCCGCUGCGCGCGGGCACGCCAAAGGAGCCUGGAGGAACUUGCCGGCUGCAGGGACCGAUGGCGUACAGAGACCGGAAAGCUUGGCGGAGCAUCUCGCAGCGCACAGGCUGUUCCUCCAGUUCACAACCGUUGUCAUCCUCCAGGAGCAGGUCCGCGCGGAUGGUUGCCCAAGGCUUCGGGGCUUCCUCGGCCGCCUGCGCAACGGCGAGCAGACCGAGCUGGACUUCCAGCGGCUCAGUCAACGCCUUUAUACACCGUCGUGCAAGGCGUCCUUCGUAGACGGUCUGAGAGCCAUCACGCCCCUGAACCAAGACCGGUGGGACCUGAACAUGGCAGCCGUCGUCCAGUGGGCCCGUGCCCACGGCAAACACAUCUCCAUCUUUGUAGCCAAGCAUGACACCGAAUCGGGGAAGCGGCUGCGCGUCGAAGAGCUGGGCGACGUGCUCCGCCGCGGAGACGACUCGCAGCUGCCAACCCCGGGCCUGUUCUUCUACGCGCAGGGGAUGUCGGUCGUGGUGACUCGGAACCAGUUUAUUGGGCUGAAGGUCGUCAACGGGGCACCUUUCAAGGCCGUCGACAUCUUCCCCGACCUCGCUGCCAGCACCAUUGCGCUCGCCAGCGACGUGACUCUCCACCUUGGACCGCCGGUGGCCGUCUUCCUCGAAUUGGACGAUAGCGCGGGCCUCGCUAUUCCCGGGCUCCCUAACGGCACCAUCUUGAUCAAGAGCAAGACGGUCGCCAUCCCGAGCCAAAUGCGGGGCAAGGAAACCAGAUGGAGGGGCAAGCCGGGUUUUCGGCGGGUUACCCAUAGAACAGGACCUCUUUGUACGCCGGCCUUCGCCAUGACAGAUCAGAAGAGCCAGGGAAAACAAUUCUCGGACGUCCUCGUCAACCUCAAAGGCGUCCACUUUGGCGGCACAGCGACUCGACCCAACUUCAUGAGGGCGCAGAGCUGGGACGGGCUGCAUCUGUUUCGGAAAUCGGCGCGCAGUGACUUUAUCGAACCCAAGAACGUGCUUGAUAAAGACAUGAAGGAGGCCAUCCUCAAGCUGGAACGACAGGGCGAGAAAACCAGACGGCGGCUCGAGCAGGACCACAGGCACGAGCCGUGGUUUCAGGAAUGGGACGCCAUGCCUGAAUCAGCGCAGGCUGCUGAAGCUGCUGACGAAGAUGCGGGUACGUCGCUCUAG